GAAAAUGCAACCAUACAUGAAAUAUAUGCACGAGUGAGGAGGGAACGGCAGAGCUGGCCGCUUUCUUUCAACCAAAUGGAGAAUAACGAACAGCGAGCGUUAGACGAGAGAGUCUUAUCAGCAGACGAGGCAUUAAACGCUUUAAGGUUGUCCACUAGACUGCGUGAAAAUAAACUUUGUUGCUUAUGACUUUAAGAUUGUUUUCAGUUCAUCCGCCAAACUUGUGUUGAUUAGACGUUGCAUUUUUGGCGAAGUCAAAGAGCGACACUAACCCACAACGACGCGAAGUGGCGUUAUUUAUUUAUUUUUUACAUUUGAGCUUGUGCUGCAGCUGCUAAUGUACAUCGUGGUCACGUGACGGAGCCUGAGCAGAGCCCCGUGUCAGACGCAUAGGAAGCAGCACGAGCGCUUUCCUGCAGCAGCACGUACGAAAUAAAAAGCGCUUUCACGCACAUAGGCGGUAAGAUUGCGUUUUCUUCAGCGUCUUUCGUCUUUCCGUCAACGCAUGCAUGCUUUAUAUGUGGAGAUGCAUGGGAGGCGAGCCCCGUUUCUUCGAGAACUGCCAUCAUCGACUGCGUAGAGCAGACGUGUGAAAAAUGAAUGUGAUGCUGUCUUGAGCGAGAGGCUGGUGGUGGGAGGCAAAGCGGGCACGUUCCAGAAGCACGAGUGCCUGUCUGGCUGAUAUUUGACGUUAUCAGCUGUCGCAACUCAUUGGGGGAUAAAUAAGUGCUUUUAUGUAACGCCGGUCAGGCUUUGUCUCCGCUCGGCUGUGUUUAUAAGAAACUCAGGCUGGCCGAGCCGCUCCACUUCACCACAAACAAUGCAUGCGUCCAUGGUUUAGAGGAAGAGGCCUCCACCUCGCAAGUGUGACUCACAGAAACAGUCCACGAAGCAUGUCACUUAGAUAACACUUGGUGCAAGUUGCCAGUGCGCCUGAAAUCGCGCUAAUUCCAGUGCUGCGCCUUUGCGUGUAAACAGACGCAUGUAACAUGUGAGGCCAGGCGCAGACGUGUAGCCCCAGUAGACGUCAGAGUGGCCGGGACAAUCCCAUCCAGAUGUAAACAUCUGGCCUAGGUUUCCCCAAAAAUGUGCAAAAAGCUGUUUCCAUUUCCUCCAAUAGAGGUCGCCCAUUGUCCCAUCUUCUUGAAUACACAGGGUGUUAGGGUAACAGAGGGGGCAUCAUGGAUGUGUCCAGCCACAGUCUAUUCCUCCUGCAGCAACUGAAUGUCCAAAGGGAGUUUGGGUUCCUGUGCGACUGCACUGUGGCCAUUGGCAACGUGUACUUCAAGGCCCAUCGAGCAGUGCUGGCUGCCUUCUCCAACUACUUCAAGAUGAUCUUUAUCCAUCAGUCCAGUGAGUGUAUUAAGAUCCAGCCUACAGACAUCCAGCCAGACGUCUUCAGCUACCUGUUGCAUAUAAUGUACACAGGCAUGGGCCCUAAGCAGCCUGUGGAUCAGAGCAGGUUGCAGGACGGCAUCAAGUUCCUUCACGCAUACCAGCUGUGCCGCAAGACAGGUGAGGGUGGAUCUGACGCCUCCUCUGACCCCAUCCGGUUGUCCAACCUUUAUGGCAUCCAGAUCUCCUCCCAACUGACCGCCAAAGAGUCUUCGGGCCUGAAGGCGGCCAGUGGCUCGCGGGACACUGAAGAUGGGCGCUCCAGUGCCCGGGCUGACCGCUCUCAUGGCGGUCGGCCAACUCUGGCUCUGGGCCUGGAGGGUCUUCCAUUGGAACGCUCAUCCCGAGGCCUUCGCACUGUCUCCUCUGUGGCCUCGGGGGACGAUUCAAACUCCCUUUCAACCAGGAUCAAGCAAGAGAGAGUGGAAGAGGAGGAGCAGGAGGAAGGGGAGGAGAACCAUCGGGCACCUGGCUCUCUUCCCUCAACCCAGGGUAGCCCUUGCCAGGCAGCUCUCUUCAAGGAUGGUCCUUUGGCACUGCUGUGUCCACGUUGUGGUGAACGCUGCUUGUCGCCUGAGGGCUUGCAGGAGCAUCUUUUUACUCAUGCAGCCUGCACACUGGAGCCCUCCAUCAGCAGUCUGAUGGAGGGAGGACCCUCUGAGGAUGGAGGUGGAGAUGCCAGGGGAUCGGAAGAGAGACGGGCUCAGAAGGAGCGAGUGGAUGGAGGCACUUUAGAGGAGGCUUUGCGACAAAGUCAGGCACUGGCCGACGAGUUGGCAGCCGAGUUGAGGCGGGGGGGCAGCAGCCCGACAGCAGGAUUCACCCGCAAGAGGAAAAUGGCUUGUGCAGUCUGCAACUUGCGCUUCUCCCACAAGAGCCAGUUGCAGGAGCACAUGUUUGCCCAUGUGGGUAAGCCUCUACGUUACCAUCGCUAUGGUCGCUUUUGUGGCCAGCUCCUCCAUGGCUGCGAGGGACCGCCGGACAUCACAGCAACGGCCACAGCAGUCGAGGAGACUGUCCGGGACACUCAGGACAACGGCAGCUCCUGCUACUCACUGGACUCGGAGGUGUCUCAGGAGAGCGUAGAUGCUGUGACUGUGGAGUGACACAUGGACUCUUCAUUGACAUGCAGUCUCCACUCAGCUUUGACCUCAGACACUGUCUUGUCUCAUGUAACUCCUGUUAGUACAUUUCAGUUCUAGAACUGCUGUUGACACUCUGUUGACGAGUUCAAUGUGUAUAUUCUGUUGUGGCUGAGCAACGCUGGACCGAGGAGCUAGAUGUUGUGUUUCGUUCAGUAAUACUGUAUUUUCUAAAACUGUAAUGACUGAUACAUGCACAUCAAACUAAACCAGCGCAGACAGUGAAUUUGAAAUAGGUUUCUGAUGAAAGUCAGAUUGCUGUUGUAAUGACUACAUGAGUACAGAAUUGUUUUCUUAAUGUUGUGUAGCCGGUAGAUUGACUUCACAUUCAUGAACAAUCCACCCUAAAAGAUAUGAGAUUAAUCCUCUGUGAAAUCGGGUUCAGUGCCUUAAAAUUAUUUGCCAAGCAACACUAAAAGCACUAAAAGCACUUAAAGUGUUGCCCAACCAAAUCCGGCCUGUGGUGAAUCACAAAAAUAGCAUCCUUCAUUCAUUGUAUGGUAUGUUGGCAUUACCACAUAAAUACAGUGCCUGAUUUUGUGAAAUGCUCCAAGAACUGGCCUAAUGUAAUGAAAGAAUGGGUCCAACCAGUGCUUUCUGCUUAAAUGAUUCUCUGAAAACCUGCCAAAGGUUAUACUGUAUGGUAAACGUAUAAACACUAUACUUGGUACCUCAGCACAUAAACAAACAGGCUUGCAUAAUUGGGAUUAUGUGUUUGUGCCACUAGAAGUGAAAAUGUGUCUCUAUAAUGUCGAGGUUCAAAGGCCACUGCAGUAACAUCACUGACUUUGUCACCUAAAACCACGCCGUCUUAAAGGUCACCUGUCAUCAGCGCUGGUGAAAAAUGUGUGUGUUACAUUCUGAGAGCUGACCUUUAUGUCUCUAAUGGAAUAGUAAAUAGCAAAUGAUGAUGAUGAUUCGCUUUCUACUUGUGUCUGGAAAGCCCACAGGCCAGAUUUUGAGUAGUAUUUUUUGAACACUCGAGAAGAGGUCAGUGUACUGUGAUGAGAAGUUUAAACCAGUGAAAAGCUAACGUCUGUGACACUUGUGUGACUCGUAGAGUGCAUUUUGAAGUCUCAUUAUGACUUUUAUUUUAUCAGCACUGAUUAAUGUUGUGUAAUACUGUGUUCUGAUUAUUUUUUUAAAUAAAUGGCAUUUUCAGUGAACUGCAUUUAAAUUCACUGCAUUAGAAAAACAGUGUAAACCACAAACGCCUUUCUAUUUUUAUUUUUCUGUAUAUAUUUUACUCACUGAGAUGUAAAGACAUUUAGUGGUUUAAUAGUGCUUAACCACUGUGAAAUAGUGCACUACAGGGAAAGGGUGUUUCUUCACAGUGAUGGUGAUAGGAACCAGGCGUUGCAAUGUCUACAGUGCAAAUAUAGCCAUUUUUUUUAUUCAAAACGACCUACACAUGAACUUACGAGUGUCUUGGCUUUUCACAUCUAGUGAUGAUGUUAGAAGAGUGUUUAAUAUUUUUCCAGAAUAGAGCAUUUCACAUAAAACCAUGCUAAAUAACUUUGUUUACAUCUUAAUGACUUAACCAUGAAGAAAUUGUGAAAAUCUGUGGAGUUCCCUUUUAAUCGUCCCCUUUUUAAUCGUACCUCCAAAAGUCUCUCCGCUUUGAAGUUAUGGCUUUUCACCUUUUUCCACUAGAGGGCAGCAUUUGCUUGAGAGGUUUCAAAAUGUUAAGGGUAGAUUCCUGAACAGGAGUUAUUUACAAAUCUCAAACACAGUUUGCUCCCGUAGUAAUCCAGAGAAACCAAGCAGUCAGUCUAAAAUGACCUUAAACCAGACGUGUCGAGGAGUUAGGCCUACCCUUAAGAGGAGCAUUAGAGCAUGAAACAUUUUACUAUAUGGUCUGCAUUUAAAUAUGAACAUGGUCCACAGGAGGAUAUGUGAUUCUUUGCCUGUCUGCUCUCACCACAUAUUUACAUUUAUUUAAACAAAGCCUUUGAAUGAUUCUUGCGGGUUUACCAUCCACACAAAUGACAGACUAAGAACAUAUGAGACGUCUUAUUUUGUGCUUGCACAACAGAAGGUUCCGGGGAGGUAAACGAGUGGUUGUGUAGCUGCUAACUAAUACGUGGGUUAUCCAUUGCUAUAGAAACUAGACUUAUGUUGCAGUAAUAUGAAAAAUGUCGUCACAUUCUGGCUGAAAAUAUGAACUGUGGGAGAAAUAAUGAAAUAAAGCACUUGUGAAUUGCA